AUGCGCAGAUAUCUCUCUCAGUCAGUGCGGACAGCGCGGCCAGGCCAAUGUUUGAAUAACGUCGUCACUGUCAGACGGUUUGCGACACAUGAGAACCAGCCUCAGAUUCUCGGCGUGAAUUAUGGCAAACAGACCUACAACCUCGAUGCGUUGAAGCAGGGUUCGAAACGACCCUUAACCCUAACUGAGAAACUGCUCUACAGCCACCUCAUAACAAACAGAGACCGUUCCUGGUCACUAGAAGCCAUUGAACGAGGGAAGACGAUCUUGGAACUACGGCCAGACCGCGUUGCUUGCCACGAUGCCACCGCGACCAUGGCUUUGUUACAGUUCAUCAGCGCAGGGCUCCCAAAGGUUGCGGUACCGACGACCGUACAUAGCGAUCACUUGAUUAUCUCUGAGAAAGGUGCGGAUGAAGAUAUGCGACGGGCUUUGGGUGAGCAUGCGGAAGUAUAUGACUUUCUGAGUAGCGCUUCUAAGAAGUAUGGGAUUGGGUUCUGGAAACCGGGAUCGGGGAUUAUUCAUACAGUCAUUUUUGAAAACUAUGCUGUACCAGGUGGGUUGAUCAUCGGAACCGACUCGCAUACUCCCAACGCCGGGGGAAUGGGCAUGCUCGGGAUCGGGGUUGGAGGGGCCGAUGCAGUAGAUGCCAUGUCCGGAAUGCCGUGGGAAUUGGUAGCGCCAAAGGUUGUUGGAGUCCGUCUUACAGGCCAACUCCAAGGCUGGACAUCGACGAAAGACAUCAUCUGCAAGCUUGCUGGAAUCCUCGGUGUGUCUGGCGGGAAAGGACGCGUGAUUGAGUUUUUCGGGCCGGGAACUGAAACCCUGGGCGCGACGGCUAUGGCGACUAUCUGUAAUAUGUCUGCUGAGAUUGGGUCAACGUCGUGUAUUUUUCCUCACUCGGAGGCUAUUGCGCGGUAUCUCUCGGCGACUGGUCGUGCUUAUGCUGCUGGCGCGGCGAAUGUGGUUAAGGAUGUCCUUCUGACGGCAGAUGAAGGAUCUGACAACUACUAUGAUCAGGUCAUCGAGAUCGACUUAAACGAACUUGAACCUCACGUCAACGGGCCAUUCACGCCAGAUCUCGCACACCCAAUUUCCCAACUGAAGUCAGUAGUGUUAGAUAGCGACUGGCCAAAGGAAUUGAGCCACGCCAUGGUGGGCAGCUGCACCAACAGCUCUUACGAGGACCUGGACAAAGCUCGUCAACUAGUCCGCCAGGCCCGUGCCGCAGGACUAACCAACUUCAAAACACCUUUCCUCUUGACCCCGGGAAGCGAGAAGAUCCGUGCAACUGCCGAAGCAGAUGGGAUUUUCGAGGAGCUCCAGGAUGCCGGGGCUGUCGUGCUCAGCAGUUCCUGCGGUCCUUGUGUUGGGUCCUGGGAUCGGAGAGAUGUUGACGUGCGUGGGAAGGAGAAGAACUCGGUUAUCUCCAGUUUCAACCGUAACUUUGUUGGCCGACAUGACAGUAACCCUGCUACUCAUUCGUUCGUUACAUCGCCUGAAUUGGUCACGGCCUUCGCAUAUGCGGGUCGUCUUGAUUUCAACCCUAUCACUGAUAAAAUUCCUCAGGAAGGAACUCAAGAGCCCUUUCAGUUCAACCCUCCUGUUGGUCGCGAGCUUCCCCUUGAUUUCAAGACUGGUGCGCAAACCUUCCAAGAGCCACUGGCAGAUGGUUCCUCCGAAUCCGUCAUCGUUGACCCCCAAUCCGACCGCCUUCAACUCCUGACGCCCUUCCCAGCCUGGCAGACCGGAUGCGCAGAUGAUAUGCAACUCCUCAUCAAAGUCCAGGGGAAAUGCACAACCGACCACAUAUCCCCCGCUGGUCCUUGGUACAAAUAUCGCGGCCACCUCGAGAAUAUCAGCAACAAUAUGCUCACAACAGCCACAAACGCUUACCUUCCCAGCGACCCGCAGAUGCUGGGACACACCAGACACCCCCUAACCUCUGAAGUUAGCGUCGUACCCGAAGUCGCUCGCGACUUACAGCAAAGAGGCAUCCACUGGUGUAUCAUCGGCGACCACAACUACGGAGAAGGUUCCUCCCGCGAACACGCUGCCCUAGAACCACGGUAUCUAGGCGGCGUGGCGAUCAUCGCUCGCUCAUUUGCGCGUAUCCACGAGACGAACCUGAAAAAGCAGGGCAUGUUGCCGCUUACUUUUGACGAUGUUGCUGAUUAUGAUAGAAUCCAGGAUGGGGAUCGGAUCCGGUUGAUUGGGGUGGAAAAGAGUGAGUUGCAGCCUGGGAGACAGAUUACGAUGAGGGUUACUCCAAGGGAGGGAGAGGCUUGGGAGGCGAGGUUGAAUCAUAGCUAUCAUAGUGGGCAAAUUCAGUGGCUGAAGGCGGGGAGUGCACUGAAUUAUAUUAAGAUUAGGGCGAGGUAG